UUUCCUAUCAAAUGUCGAGAGCGCAUUAUUGUAGCGCGAAAGUACAUUAAUAUAAUGCGCGAGCGCGAAUCUCUCUGCUCGCGCGCGGAAUAUAAUGUGCCGAGCGCGAAUCUCUCUGCUCGCGCGCGGGAACUGGGCGCGCGCUCUCAGAUAGACGCUGCUCUUGUAAGAAUUUUCUCUGGGCUCGCUCAGAAAAUAUGCCUGCACUUAAAACGUGUCCAGUGCAAUCGCGAAUCUCUCCUCUUCGCUUAAAGUAAGCGUGUAUGCGCACAGACUGUGUCCCGUGCGUUCGCGCAUGCCUAAGUACUCUUCUCUACGACUUAUUUCUCUUUGCUCUUGGCAUAAACACUGUCAAAACGGCAACAACCAAUCAGAAAUAGGCUUCAACUACUGACCAAUGAAAACGCGACAUAGUACAUGGAAUCUUAUUGGUUGAUAUUGAAUCGCACAUGGAAUCAGAAUCACUUCGUUCAAUCAAGACGAGCCGAGAUGGAUCCGCCGAAUCGACGAUCUCAGGUAAACUGUUUUAUUUGUUUUGCUGUUAAAUAUGUCAAAUGUAUCUUAGAAAUGUCUGGGAAGAGGGCGAUUGGAUUAUUUUACAUAUAAAUGACCUAGACUGUCUAUCUACACAACCACAUUGUUCACACUACAGGUGCCAUGCCCAUUGAAAGUGAGAUUUUUGAGGCAAAUGGAUUUGAAUGCAGAUUCCAAAAGGCAAAAAUAAUAUUUUACGUCUGAUAAUUAACACUUUGUCUCGUGCAAUCUCACCAAAACAUUAAGUAUGUAGCGAGAUCAUUCAUAUCUGAACAAAAUGCCCCCCUAAUUUCGAGAUAAGGGGCAUAAUGCCCCAGAAAAAUUAUGCUAUAUCUAUUAUGGCUGUCACGAAUGAAGUGAUGUGAAAUUAAUGAAAAGUGUCAUCUGCAUUAGAUUUUCUUUAUCGCGGAUUGCAGCGUUGAGUGUUAUAACCAAUCACGCACUUUCUGUUGAGCUUAAUUAAUGCAGCUUGGCCAAUCAGAGGCAUUUUGAUACUCACCAAGGAGAACACUGGAGUUGUUUACUAAAUGAAUUCUGAAUGUACUAUCACAGUCUUUUUCUUUCUUUCUUUAGCUUUAUUUAGCCUCUAAGUUCUUGUUAUUGAUUAUUUAGGGUAAUUACAUUAUCCAAAUUUGUGUAAAUACAUGUACAUGAGCAUCAAGCAGUCAGUAUAAAUAAACAUAAACGCCAUGUCAGAUGUAGGUAACACCUUUUGUAGUGUUAAGGUGGCUUUUGUUGAUGUUGAUUGGUAACAUAGUAUUGAGAUUGAUUAAGUACCAGGUUAUUUGUAUUGGAAAAAAAAAAAAAAAAAAAAAACACAGAUACAGUGCCUUACAAAGCUAAAACCCUUAAUGGAAUAUAAAGAUUGAUCUACCAGAAUAUAAAGAUUGAUCUACCAGAUAAAAUGUUAUGGUUUAAAAAUCUAAAAUGUUGUAUACUGUAUUACUAUUCCAGUCCGCCAUCAUUGAUGAAGCAACUCGUCAUCUCAUAACAUUGAUAAGUGAUCAGAUAAGAUCAGACAGCCAGCUACAGACAGGGCAGAUUCAAACAACUGCUCCGCAGCAGCAGCAGCCCUCACCUGCUCCGCAGCAGCAGCCCUCACCUGCUCAGCAGCAGCAGACACCAGUGCAGAGAGAAAUGACCAGGUUAUUUAUGUUUAGGAAAGAUUGUAAUUUGUCUUCUAAUCUCUAGUUUAGCUAGCAUAUGAAUAUGUUUUGUUUAGUUAAAUGGUCAGUUGACAACUGAUAUGUAAGCACUCAAUUUAUCAUGUAUAAAUUCAUAUCUGUUAGUCUCUGUUAUUAGGCUAUUAAAAUCACAUGAUAUUAUUUAAUGAGUAAACUAUAUACAAUGUUUUGAAUUUUUCAGAUCAUUCCCAGGAUAUUUUUUAAAGGGAUCUCAAAAGGGACGAAAAAGGUUUCGAUCCCCCUGUAAAGUGGUCAACACCAGCAGCAGGACUCUUUCCAUGCAGUUCUAUUUAGUAAAUAAGAAUGUGGAAAAGACACCAAAACCAUCAGAGGAUUUUACACUUUUCCUUGCUGGAAUGGGAAGGCGUACAGUUAAAUUAUCUGAAGAUGCUGACCACUCUGAGAUAACAAGGCAACUGAUGGAACACUAUCCAAAACUUAUGAAACUCACUGGAGGAUGGCUCCUGUACAAGGCUCUUGGUGGGUCAGGACAGCGAAAACUGAUGAUUGUCCCACCAGAAGCUGAUGGCUAUAAUGGCCAGUAUUUAAAAUCAUCAAGUGGAGGUGGAAAGAUUACCAUGUUUAUAGUUCCUCUUCAAGAGGAGCUAGAUACAAUGCCUCUUCCUUCAGAUGCCGAAGAAUUUCAGAAAAUGCCAAAAGCAACCUGCCAAAACUGCAGCUUGUCCAUGCCCCUACAGAUCUUGGCUAUGCAUGUUAAGUCAUGCAGUACUAUUGAAUUGUCCACCGAGGAUGAUACCACUAGUUCUGGAAGGUCUUCUCCUCUUCCUGUAUUCAAUGGAUCAGCAUUACCAAAACCCAUUUCAGAAGGUGGCAGCAGCACUAGUAAAGCAAGCUCCGAGUCUUUUCCUGUACCCACUACUGCUGGAUUGUCCUCGGCAGAAGCCAGCACUAGCACUAAUAAAUUAAAUUCCGAGUCUUUUUCUGUACCCACUACUGCUGGAUUGUCCUCAGCAGAAGCCAGCACUAGCACUAAUAAAUCAAACAAUGAGGCUGCCUGUCCACUGUGUCUAAAUAAUUUUCCAAUGGAUUAUUUAGAAAUUCAUGCCAGCUUUUGUGGUGAAAGUUUGGAGAAUUCCCAAGCACCGAUUUCUGAUCUGGAAGAUGUUUUUGAACCAUUUGGCUGUAAAAUCGAAAGCCUUGAAGAUGUUCUCAAAACCAUCAGUGCAGCCGUAAUUACAGAAGGGCAUAGAUUUGACAUCACCGUAUCGAGACAAAACAUGCUGGAGAGGGGCCUUGUGCAGUGGCAGAGGCAAAAAAAGUCAUCUCCCAUUAACAAACUGAAAGUUGCCUUUAUAGGUGAAGCUGGAGUAGACACUGGGGCACUGAGCAAGGAAUUUCUGACAGGCAUGAUUGCAUAAC